AUGCCUUCGCCACCGCCCGAAGAAAAGCAGAACCGCAAGGACAAGAUCCUUGCACAAGCCACCGAGAAGCUCGAACAGGCACAGCAAGAAGCCGAAGCCGCCCAGCGCGCCCGAGAACGAGGCGAGGGUGUCGAGGACCCCGAAGAAAAGCAAAAGAUACUGGCGGAAGCGUCCGAGCAUGAGCACAAGGCCAAGUCCCUGGCCCGGGAUUCCCACCGCCUCCAGAGUGGAAUCUGGCAGGGUGGGAUAGGUGGCGCAGGCAUCGGGGCUGGUGUCGGAGCCGGACUGGGGGCCGGCGUGGGCACCGUCGUGACCGGUGUCGUCGGCGGGGUUGCGGCUAUCCCAACCACGUUGCUCGGGGGCCUGAUCGGUGCUGGUGCCGGUGCGAUACACGGGCCUUGGUACAAGAUAGAUAUGGGGAAGAAGGAGGAGGGUUCAGACCAAGGGCAGAAGACUGCCGUUGAGGGGACCAAGACUGACUGA